AUGGCAUCCUCCGUUUCCGUUUCCAUUUCCAUUUGCAUUGUGGUAGUAUUAGCAUGGGCUACCUGUAUUUUGUUUGUAGCAGCAUGUGAUUUGUCAUUACUAGAACCAGAGGCGAAGGCUCUGCAGGAGACUGGGUGGUGGGGUGCCCAUAACAAUCCCUCAAGUCGUUGCAACUGGUACGGUAUUACUUGGAAUGCUGGUCAUGGAUACGUGGCAGAGAUUGACUUGGCUAAUGUCCAUUUGAGAACAAGCUUGAAACUCAACUUCUCUUCUUUGCCAAAUUUAGUCCGUCUGGAUCUUCGUGGAACUGCACUUCAAGGAAGCAUCCCACCUGAGAUAGGAACUUUAUCUGAACUCACCUACCUUAAUCUCUCCAACAAUAAUCUUCAGGGAAGCAUCCCACUUGAGAUAGGUAUGUUAUCUAAACUAACCUACCUUGAUCUCUCCAACAAUACUCUGACAGGUGAGUUGCCUCAUUCACUUACAAACCUCACCCAAUUAGAGUCGUUUGACAUUUCUUCUAAUCAAAUCAAUGGUUUUAUCUCCCAAAGAUUGGGAAAUCUGACGAAUCUUGCUCAUUUGGAUCUGGGUCACAACAAAUUUGUUGGACCCAUCCCUUCAUCUCUUUGGCUUUUAACCAAUCUCAACUAUCUGGAUAUAAGUGAAAAUCAAAUAAAUGGUUCCAUCUCAAUAGAAAUAGGAAAUUUGCAGAACCUGGCCCAUCUGUAUCUCGAUGCUAACAAUCUCGCUGGUACAAUUCCUACUCGUCUAACCGAAUGCUAUGGGUUGCAAGAAUUGUUAUUGAGCCAUAACUACUUAAAUGGAAGCAUUCCCCCUAAUAUGAGAGGCCUUUCUUUGCUAAAUUCUAUUGAUUUUAGUCGUAACUUUAUCAGUGGAGAAAUACCUUUUGAACUUGAGGAUCUGUUAUAUUUAAGGCUCUUGGAUCUCAGCUACAAUAAUCUUACUGGCCCCAUUCCCUCUACUUUCCUUGUUGUAGAAAAACUCAACCUCUCUUACAAUUCUUUGAAGGGUCAAAUUCCAUAUUUUUAUGGUUUGUAUCAUACAUCCGAAACAUUAAUUGGCAACAAGGAUUUAUAUCUUGACACCAUGGAUUUCCCUCAUCCCCCCAGGAACAGAUCAACUGUAACAAAAAUAAAACUUUUUGUUUCCAUAUAUUUCGGAUGCUUCAUAAUUUUUCUUGGAUUUUUAAUUCUUAGAAGUCUUAUCUUUCGGCGGGGCAAGGUCAAAAGAACCCAAUUUGAGUCGAGAGAAACAAAGAAUGGGAAUUUGUUCUCGAUAUGGAAUUAUGAUGGACAUAUUGCAUAUGAAGACAUCAUUGAAGCAACCGAGGACUUCGACAUAAAAUAUUGUAUUGGAACCGGUGGUUAUGGUAGUGUUUACAAAGCAGAAUUACCUUGUGGCAAAGUGGUUGCCUUGAAGAAACUUCAUCGUUCGGAGGCCGAGAACCCAACUUUUGAUAUGAGUUUCAAAAACGAGGUAAAAGUGUUAACCGAGAUCCGCCAUCGAAACAUUAUAAAACUUCAUGGAUUCUGCUUACAUAAACUAUGCAUGUUUUUGGUUUAUGAGUACAUGGAAAGGGGAAGCCUAUUUUGUGUCCUAAACAAUGAUGUUGAAGCUAUGGAAUUGGAUUGGAGGAAGAGGGUGAACAUCAUCAAAGACACUGCCCACGCCUUAUCUUACAUGCAUCAUGAAUGCAUUCCAGCAAUUGUUCAUCGAGAUAUAACAAGCAACAAUAUUUUAUUGAACUCUAAAUUAGAGGCUUUUGUCUCUGACUUUGGCACAGCUAAGCUCCUUGAUCCUAAUUCUUCUAAUCAAACGUUAGUUGCUGGCACUUACGGUUACAUUGCCCCAGAGUUGGCCUAUACCAUGAAAGUUACUGAAAAAUGUGAUGUUUAUAGCUUUGGAGUGGUGGCACUGGAAAUAUUAAUGGGAAGACAUCCAACAGAACUCCUGACUUCAUUAUCAUCAUUGUCUUCUCAAAACGUGAUGUUACAUGAAAUAUUAGACCAACGCCUUCCACUACCAAAUCAUCUGGUUGCACAUGAUAUUUUCCUUGUCGCCACUAUAGCAUUUGCAUGCCUCCACACCAAACCAAAGUCUCGGCCCGAAAUGAAAUCUGUGUCUCAAGAAUUUCUUUCUCGAAAGAAGCCAAUAGCCAAGCCUUUACAUGCAUUUUCACUAUGGCAGCUAAGGAACCAGGAACUAUUUAUGGUUGGACCAGGAGAUGAAACUCAAUUAUCAAGUGCUUGUUGUUAGGUUGAUUAUCAUAUUGUUCGAUGAACUUGUAUGAAUAAAAAAUGUUGCAAGAGAAUUAAAAUGCCAUGAAUUAUGUUA